AUGAGUUUGUCAAAAUUGUCAAGGGCAUCUUUACAAUUAAUUAAAGGGUCAUCUAUUUUAGAAAAUCAUGGACGAAAUAAAUUUGGAACAUCUCAAUUGGCUAGAUGUAUAAAUACAAAAUGUAUUCUUAAUAAAAGUGUAUGGAAUGGGAAAAAGAAGAAUCAAUAUAAUUUAGAAGUAAACCGAUUAUUUAGUACAUCUGAAAAUUAUGAAUUUAAAGCAGAGACAAAAAAAUUAUUACAAAUAGUUGCUCAUUCUUUAUAUACAGAUAAAGAAGUUUUUAUAAGAGAACUUAUAAGUAAUUCUUCUGAUGCUAUUGAAAAACUUCGAUUUACACAAACUGCAUCUAUAAAAGAUGUAGAUUCAAAUAAUAAAACAGAAGGUGAUACCAUAGAAAAUAAAGAACCACCAUUUUAUAUUAAAGUUUCUACAAAUGAUAAAGAUAAAUUAUUUAUAAUUGAAGAUAAUGGAAUAGGUAUGAAUAAAACAGAAGUUAUAGAAAAUUUAGGAACUAUUGCUAAAAGUGGGUCUCAACAUUUUAUUAACGCUUUAAAAGAAAAAGGAGAAUUAAAUAAAAAUUCACAAGCAACUGAUAUUAUUGGACAAUUUGGUGUUGGAUUUUAUUCUACAUUUGUUGUCUCAGAUUUUGUAGAAGUGUUUACUAAAUCACAUGAAGAUGGCUCGAUAGGAUAUCAUUGGAAAUCUGAUGGUAAUGGUACAUUCACUUUAACAGAAGAUAAUAGUAUAGAGAGGGGGACAAAAAUUGUUUGCCAUCUUAAAGAGGCUUGCUCUGAUUUUUCAAAUAUAAAUAAGGUUCAAACUAUUGUAGAAAAGUUUUCUUCCUUCAUUAACUUCCCCGUAUACAUCUUGAAUAAGAAGCAGGUGCCCAGUGAGCCCAAGCAAGCUAGCGAUACUAACGAGACUAGCGAAGUUAAUAAAACUAGCGAAGUAGAAAAGAGUGAGGAGGUCGAGGAAAUCCUGAUAAAUAGUCAGAAACCCCUUUGGUGUAAAGAUGAAGUAUCAGAAGAAGAACAUAAGAAGUUUUUUAAUUUUUUAAAUAAAAAUAAAAGUUACAAUGAUGAUAAUAAAAGUUAUUUAUAUAAACUAUUAUACAAAACAGAUGCACCAAUGUCAAUAAAGAGUGUUUUUUAUAUUCCUGAAGAAGCACCUUCACGACUUUUUCAACAAAACUAUGAUAUAGAUGUAUCAUUAUAUUGUAAAAAAGUAUUAGUAAAAAAAUGUGCUGAUAAUAUUAUUCCAAAAUGGUUGCAUUUUGUAAAGGGAGUAAUAGAUUGUGAGGAUAUGCCAUUAAAUAUAAGUCGUGAGUCAAUGCAAGACAGUACAUUAAUGAGUAAGUUAUCACGUAUUGUUGUUACAAAAAUUUUAAAAACAUUAGAAAAGGAAGCUAGUAUUGAUGAAGAUAAGUAUUUAAGAUUCUAUAAAAAUUUUAGUUACAAUUUAAAAGAAGGAAUAUUAGAAGAUUCAACAAAAAAUAUGUAUAAAAAUGUUAUGAUGAAUCUGUUACGAUUUUAUUCUGUAAAUCAAAAAAAAUAUAUUUCUCUUAAUGAAUAUGUAAAAAAUUUUAAAGAAACACAAAAAAAUAUUUAUUAUUUUUCUGCUAAUGAUAUAAAUAUAGCUUUAUCUUCACCAUAUAUGGAAUCAUUUAAAAAUAAACAAGUUGAUGUAUUAUUAUUGUUUGAAGAAAUAGAUGAGUUUGUUCUUAUGAAUUUACAAUCUUAUAACAAUUCAAAGUUUGUUUCUAUUGAUUCAUCUCAAAAGGAAGAUCUUGAUGAAAUAAUUUUAAAUAACGAUAAUGGCAAUAUGACUAGUGAUAGUAACAAUGAAAAUAAUAACAGUUCUGGUGGUAGUAAUAAAAUAGUGUUUACUCAAGAUCAAAAAGUUGAAUUAGAAAAAUAUAUUAAACAAGUUUUAGGCCCUAAAUGUUCGGAUGUAAAAUUUUCAGAACGUUUAUGUUCUUCUCCUGCUGUUGUUACAGGUUUUCUUUCCCCAACAUUACGUAAAGUUAUGAAAGCGACUAUGAAAAAUUCAGAUAUGCAUGAAAAUAUGUUACAAAAUUUACCAGCCACAUUAGAAAUAAAUCCUACACAUACUAUUAUUACUUCUAUAUAUCAUUUAAAAAAUACAAAUAAUCAAGUUGCAAAAUUAUUAGUCGAGCAACUUUAUGAUAAUGCAUGUAUAGCUGCUGGAAUUUUAGAAGACCCUCGUUCCCUUUUAACAAAAUUAAAUGAAUUACUUUUAUUGACAGCUAGAUAUGCAUAUCAUUAUGAAAAAAAAACUGAUGAACCUUCAAAUUCGACAAAUAAAUCAGACAGAAGUACCAUUAAUGAUGGUGAAAAUGGUAGCGAUAUAGAUAAUACAAUAAAUUCUAAUGAAAUGGGAAUUAAUCCCAAUGCCGAACAAGCUGAACAAGUUGAACAAGCUGAAGAACAUGAUGAUAGUACACUAAAGGAGGCACAUAAAAUAUAA